GCCACCUUCGGGCCCACCCGCAGCAGCCUGGCGGAGCUGAGCCAGACGACGCUCGAGGCCUGGGUCAGCGCGCAGAUUGCGUCCCCCGUCGGGUCCCACCGCGAGUAUUAUCGCAAGCGGGUCAACAGCCGGAUCGUGACCGACCAGUGGGGGGGGACCGACUACUCUCAUCUCGGCUUCCCGCGGUCGAGAUGCUCUGCGGGCUCUCGCUGGCACGCCUUCGCGCUCAAGCGCGCGGACAGGACCAAGCGGGUCCAGAUCACGGGGAAUAAAAUGUACGUCGACGGCGCGCACCGGAGCGACAUCGACCCCGACUACACCCUGAAUGGCAUGAAGGCCCCCGACAACUGCACGGACAAGAUUGCCUGGCCCUCUAUGGGUGACUGCGCUAACAUCGUGUCAUGGGGGUGGCCGCUUCACGUGUGCAACGUGUGGACAGCCUGGAUCGAAAACCUGUACUGCCAGCAGACCUGCUUUGACGCGGGCUGGCCAUAUACGGGUGACGAUUGCUCACCAGGGUGGGCGUCCCUGGAGUACGACGGCUUCCUCUGCACGGUCGAGGAGGAGCUGGGCGGUAUCGUGACGCUCUCAACCUCGGCGGGCUGCGAAGGGGACACUACUACCACUUUUCGGAAUCCCACGAUCUGGUUCAACACUUCCGUCACUCCUGAAGCCCUGUCCUUUCAGCAGGUCAGGCCCGGGGUCGUCACGCUCGCCCAGAACUACGGCACGGGGGCCUGCGAUUUGGGCGAGUUCGUGUACGACGGUGGCCAGUACUACCUCGAGGACCCCAGGCUGGAGCUGCUCCAAAACGACCUGACGUCUCCGUCUGGCGGCGAGCUGAACACCUGCCGUGCCGUGCCCA